AUGUCUGGCUCAUGCAGGCUGGUACGAAAUAUAUUUCAGGCAGCCAUCAACGGCAGCAUGUUUACUGGUACGGAGCUUACAGCUAUGUACUCGGUGCUACCCAUGGUUAAUUCAUGUCUGGGUGGAAUGCUCCGUGCGAAGCUUGCCUCCUUGCUGUUACUGGCUUCCGAUGACUGCAUGCAACGUAGCAGGGCCAGGGUUAACGAGAGCCCGAAGCCCCACGGACCCUCCCGCCUACAUGUAUACUUGUACUAUUGUCUGGUAUCCUUCGCUCACCCCCUCUUCGAGCAGCGUCUGAAGCGGAGGACCACACCCCGGUUAAUAUUCCAUGAUCCCGGGAAUACGUAUGCUUGA